UGUCUUGCUUGCGAACGACCCCUUCUACACAGCGACGAGCCGAACGCUACCAUAGCCAAUGGCGGACAUUCCUGCAUUACCAGAUACGGGAGCUAAGAAGCAGCGUAGACGUCCUGUGAAUGCUUGUGCGACUUGUCGAGCGAGAAAAGUCAAGUGUGAUGAGCGACCAGAUGGCUGUCUCAACUGCGAAAGACUGCAGCUGAACUGCGUCCAAAAUGGUGCACUCACGACUGGAGUCAAGAGGUCCAGCGCAGCACUGGAGCCACUUGGUAUCAAGCGGAAGCGCACGUUCCGAUCAUGUGUGGCCUGCCGUGAUUCAAAAGUCAAAUGUUCAGGCGAGCGACCGACGUGUACACGGUGCGCGCAGCGAACAACCGCCUGUCUUUACGACACAGAGACCAACGAGCCUGCUUGGGUACAAAGCAUAUCGAAUACUGUCUCAGCAGUGACAAGUCCAGACGCAAGCGUAGCCACCCAGAAUCCCCAGAUGCCGAGGAAUGCUUUUUCAUCAGCCCCGACGGAUCUUGCUGCGGUUGAUUGUCCGCCCGGCUUAACUUGGCUGUUCGCGCAAGAACUACCUCCAAGAGCUCGACUGCACACCCUUCUUGAGGCCUAUUUCAACAACGUUCAACCCAUCAGGGUGUUUGCGUUUGAGCAUAAGCCAACGUUCAUGCGCAUGCUUGAUGAAGGCCAACUCACCAAUACAUCAGGUCAAGCACUCCUACACAUCAUGUGUGCUCUUGGUGCACGAUUCUACGCUUUAGAGUACAGCGAGUCAUUUGCGCCCUUGCCAAAAGAACUAAUACAAAACGCGGGUACACAGUGGGCGAAGAUUGCGGAAGAAAUGUUCUUUGCCGAUUACAGUACCAUCUCGACAACUAAGCUCAAGGUCCUCAUUCUUCUUCAUGACCAAGAAGCUAGAACCGGAAACUACGCUGGAUCGUUCCUGCUUACCGGCCUGGUAAUACGAAUGGCCCAUGCCCUACAACUGAACAACGAAUCCUCUACCGACGUCCUGUGCAAGAAGGAAGGCCCCAAUGAAGCAUCAGUGAAAGAGUGUCAGAGAAGGCUUAUGUGGGCCUGCUACAUGCUUGACGUGUGGGCAGGUAGUGGCGUUGAUCACCUUACCAUUUUGAACGAGAAGGACAUAAAGAUACAGCUUCCGUGCAACGAACGUCAGUUCCUACUCCAAAUACCUGUAGUAACCGAACGCCUUGAGGAAGGCCAGACCUUGGACUUCAUACCCAAAGCUGAUCUGCCCGAGAAACCCCGGGAUAACCUCGGCAUGGCAGCUUACUAUGUCCGGAUCGUCAGUAUAUGGCGCAGAGUCCUGAGAUUUUCAAAACACAUGAACGAGGAACAGCCGCCAUGGGAGCCAGGCUCGGAAUUCUCCCAGCUGAUCGACGAUGUCCAAACUUGGAAAGCGAGUCUACCAUCAUGGUUGGAUUUCUCCGCUGACAACAUCUACAUCCGCCGAGAAUCCCAUCAGCUUGGUGCCUUGUUUCUAAAUCACUGCAUGUACCACCAUGUCUUAUGCGACAUACAUCGGAUCGCACUACCCGAGCUGUACCGGAACCAACAGCCGUACGAGUUCCCUCCUGCACAGCACGCCUUCAUGUCGAGGUUGCGGAUGAUCUGUUUUGAGCACGCUCAACUCAUGUCUGUGCUGGUAGCGACGGUCUUGCAACAUGGCAUCAAGCAUUUCGCAGAUCCUAUCUUACCAUCAUUCGUGUACAACAGCAACCGCAUCAUGCUCUAUCAUAUCGCUAGGAUUUUAGAUCAUUCAAAGCCCGACUCACGAACGGUCAUAUCCCGAACAGUAGAGCUGGUACAACAAAACAACAAAGCGCUGCGAGAGAUGUCUUUGAUGUACCCACUAGCGGAGCCAUUAUACAUCACGACCGAACGCUGGCUAGAUACCGUUCGGAAUGGUCUUGCACGAGGUCAAUCAAGCACAUACAUUGCUCCUCAGGAUCCGUCGGAAGUGCGCACUGAGGUGCAGCAAGCUAUUGAAGCGUCCAGUCCCAACCUGAACGACAUCCAAUCCGCUCAACGAAACGUGGAAGUGGCUUUACUUCCACCAGUCAUGAACAACCUAGAGCCCUCGCCAUCAUCAGCCAACGACUAUACCUAUUCAGCACCGUCACAUGAUCCAAUGAGCUCGAGUCUUGCAACGCUGGCAGAUGUAGCCACACAGCCUGGACAGUUGGGGCCUGCAAUACAUGGCGAUCUCUCAACUGGAGACCUUGAACCCGUCUUCAAUCUGGACGAUUUACAGAACUUCUUCGAAUGGGAGACAAACAACGGCGAAUACGCUCAGCUGACUGGGUUCGAAGGGUUUGGUCCAUUAGGCUGGGCCAAUAACUUCUCCAGCAUGUGA